UUUCCAUGGCAGAAGUGCAGAGAUUCACUUUUCCUGUGUUGCUGCUGCCUCCUAGUGAGUACUUUUUUAAUGACCAAGAUUAUCUUUUGCUUUUCAGUACAGUGCUCCUCUACUUUUGCAGCAAGACCCUGGACUGGGAGCGAGUAAAAGUGAUGCCAAAUUCAUUUGAUUUUAUUGGGGGAAGUUUUCCUCCUCCCACACCCUUUUGAUACCAUGGGCCAAGUUUUGUUCUUUGUUUUUCAGCUUGGUGGAGCGUCUCCCACUCCGGAGUCCUACAUGAGUUGUAGCGCUGCCUUUGGUUGGCACUCACAGGAUGACCAGCCUGUGUGCAAGCCCAUUACUGGAGGACUCCUUCCCCCCAAGUCCAUUACGAUCAGUGGGAAAGUUCCUUCUAACAGCGACAGGUUCAACAUUAACCUGAAGUCCGGCGAUGACAUUGCAUUCCAUCUGAACCCAAGGUUUGAUGAGAACGUCAUUGUCCGAAACUCGUUUCUGAAUCAGACCUGGGGGACGGAGGAGCGUGAUAUGCCGGGCACAAUGCCACUCGCACAGGGACAGGACUUCACUAUUCGGAUUUUAUGUCAAGAUCAUUGCUUCAAGGUGGCUGUGAAUGAGCAAGACCAGUUUGAGUACAGGCAUCGUGUUCAAAACUUGCAGCAGAUUGACAAGCUGGAAAUUACAGGCUUGGGCCCAAGCGUGAAGUUUACAGUGCAGUAAACAGUAAACUGUGAGCUUCUCCUUGCCUCCUACAAUGAGCAAAGUCAGCUGUUUGCCUUCUACAGUGUCAUAGGCUAGAGAAUUUACCAGGUCAUAUGUUACAAAAAUGUAAUCAAGUAGAUCUGUCUAGUACAAAAGGCUUUGGCGAAUGUUACCAACCAACUGAUUUUCUUCGCAUUUUUUAAUAUCAACUUGUAUUUUGCCCUAUUUGGUUAUGGGAACUUUCCUUCUGUUCAGAAAGGAUUGGUAAUUUUAAGCUUUUUACUAUACUCUAUUUUCCUUGACUUUGUUUGCAAAUAAUAACUUUUUCAUUAAACUUGUUAAUAUUAA